UGCUGCUCAUGGAAAGGUACGAAAGCAUAAAUGGAAACUUAAUAGCUCGAACUGUAGAAGGGAUUGAACCCAAACAGAUUGGUUUUGACAUGCAAAACAAACGCUCGCCCGUCGCUUGGUGUUUUUCCUUAUUGCCGACGCCGUCAUGGAUAAGGUGAUCCCUGGUUUGUUUAUUGGCAGUUUUAGAGACUCGAAAGAUUUUGCUCAACUAGAAAGUAAUCAAAUAACUCAUAUAAUUUCUAUAUUGGAUGCACCAAAGAAAAUUUAUCAAGAUAAAAAAUAUUUAUGUAUUGAAGCUAUUGAUAGUCCCGAACAAAAUCUUAUACAAUAUUUUCAAAUAUGCAAUGAUUUUAUACAUAAAGCUCGUCUUAAAAAUCAAAAUGUCUUAGUUCAUUGUUUGGCUGGAAUGUCUAGAAGUGUAACAAUAGCUGCUGCUUAUAUCAUGUCAGCCACUACUAUUAAAUUAAAACAUGUUCUUCGACUUCUGAAAGCAUGUCGAUCAAUUUCAAGUCCCAACGAAGGAUUUAAUAAACAACUCCAGUAUUAUGAGUGUAAUUAUUUAUUAGAAGUGCGUGAUCAUCAUAACAAGAAAGAACAAGAUUAGCAUCUAUCAGCCAUUCUAAUAACCAACUUAUAUCAGAUGAAGAAUAUUGUAAAAGAAUCAUUGGAGAAGAACACAAAAAAUAAAAAAAUAAUUAAUUAAAAAUUUAUGAAAAAUAAAACAAUCAAUACAAUUUUAGAAUUAAUACUCAAUAACACUAAAAAUAAAUAAAUAAUAAAAUUUUAUAAAAUAAAA